AACCUCGCCACCACUUUGGGUUAUCUUUGCACAGCCAUGGGUUAUGUAUCCCCCCUGUCUUAUUCGGUAAACUUCUUAAGCAGUCUCCGUUGAGCAGCCUGCGUGGCAGCAGAGGCACUAACCACAGAGAAACAGCGCGCGCGUGAGAGAGCGAGAGAGAGAGGGAGACUCGGGGGAGGGAGUCUGUCUGUCGGUGAGGAGUUGCACAACACCGCGGACCAAUGUAACUAGUAGAAACUGUUUCAAGUGAGUAGGACAUUACUGACUCCUCUUCAGCCUCUGAAGGAACCCCAAUACGGCCCAAAGGCCCACAUCCAGCCAUCUUUAGAAGAAAGAAACUGAACUCCACCGUAUCUGGCAAACGCUGCCAGCAUCUCUGCCGCCACAUACGGCCGAGCAGACCAGAAAAUGAGGAGUUGGUGGUUGUGAUGCUACCAUGGAGGCGCAGAACAACAACCAGCUCACCUUAGACAACCACAACCAUCUCUACAAAAUACCCGGUCAGGAGGAUCAGAAAAACGUGCCAAGCUGUAAGUACUUCUGCACUCUGGCAAACUUCCGGAUUGAGAAGAAGAUUGGUCGGGGCCAGUUCAGUGAGGUCUACAAAGCCACGUACCUGCUUGAGGGACAGCUGGUUGCCCUCAAGAAAGUCCAGAUCUUUGAGAUGAUGGAUGCCAAGGCCCGUCAGGACUGCAUCAAAGAGAUAGAUCUACUAAAGCAACUGAAUCACCCCAAUGUGAUCAAAUACCUCGACUCCUUCAUUGAAGACAAUGAGCUCAACAUUGUUCUGGAGCUGGCGGAUGCUGGAGAUCUGUCCCAGAUGAUACAGAAAAAGCAAGAGUACUUCAAAAAGAAGAGGCGCCUCAUCCCAGAGAGGACCAUAUGGAAAUAUUUCGUGCAGCUCUGCAGCGCUCUGGAGCACAUGCAUUCACGCAGAGUAAUGCACCGUGAUAUCAAGCCAGCCAACGUGUUCAUAACAGCCACAGGGGAGGUAAAGCUGGGUGACCUGGGAUUAGGCCGCUUCUUCAGCUCUAACACCACGGCAGCACACUCCUUAGUGGGGACACCUUACUACAUGUCACCGGAGAGGAUUCACGAGAUCGGAUACAAUUUUAAGUCUGACAUCUGGUCCCUGGGAUGUCUUUUGUACGAGAUGGCAGCGCUGCAGAGUCCGUUUUACGGGGACAAGAUGAACCUCCUCUCCCUCUGCCAGAAGAUUGAGCAGUGCGAUUACCCUCCCCUCCCAUCUGACCAUUACUCUGAGAAGCUGCGGGACCUGGUUAGCACGUGCAUCAACCCAGAACCAGACCAGCGGCCGGACAUCGUCUUUGUGCUGCAGAUCGCCAAACAGAUGUGCAUGUGGACUUCCAGCACCUGAGCAGCAUUUCCACUUCAAUCC